AUGGUGUCGUUUGGGAGAACAGGUUUAAAAGAGUUUUCUGGACUUGGUUUUAUCGAUGUUAGAGAGCCCUUCUACAAAGAAUGGCCACAAGUUCCUCUAAAGGCUCAAGUUUCAAAAACCAUCAAAAGAGUUACUACUUCCCUGUUGGAUGUUUUAGUGGACACUUUGUUCCAUUUCGAGGCACAACCCAUGCUAGUCCAGGGUAACUUUGCCCCUGUAGAAGAAAUAGGGGAGGCAGUCAAAAUUUCAUGCAUUGAAGGAGAGAUUCCAAUGGGCUUCCCUGAGGGGGUUUACAUCAGAAAUGGUGGAAACUUUUUGUUUGGACAAAACACAGCAACUGUUUCAAUCUUUGGGAGAUCAAGUUUUGUUUGGGUCGAAGGUGAAGGAAUGCUCCAUGCCAUGUACUUUAACAAGGACUACAAAGGAACCUGGUGCAUCUCAUACAAAAAUAAAUACGUCGAGUCGGAUUCUUUUAAAAUAGAGAAAGCAAGAAACAGGCCUACGUUUCUUCCAGCAACGCUAGGUUAUUCUCCAGCAGUUUUAAUGGGCGCACUUCUAAAUCAGAUGAGAUUUGGCAUGAUAAACAAAGACUUGACCAACACUAGUGUGUUUGAACAUGGUGGAAGGGUUUUUGCAAUUGCAGAGAAUCACCUGCCCUACGAAAUCGAGCUUUCAGACUUGAACACAUUGAAUACUUGGGACAUUAAUGGAGCAUGGGAUCGUCCUUUCACCAGUCAUCCAAAGAGAGAUCCACUAACAGGAGAAAUGGUGAUCAUGGGUGUUGACGCAAAGAAGCCAUAUUAUGUUAUAGGUGUAAUAUCAGCUGAUGGAAAGAAUCUGGUGCAUAAAGCUGACCUGAAGUUCGAACGGAACUCGUUCCCCCAUGAGCUUGGCAUCACAAAGAAUUUCAAUGUUAUUAUGGAUUAUCCAUUCACCUUUGAUAGAAGAAGACUCAUUAAUGGAGGGCCGUUUCUAAAGUUUGAGCAUGAUCAACCUGCGAGAAUCGGAGUGAUGCCAAGGUAUGGGGAUGCAGCAUCCAUUGCUUGGUUCGACGUACAAACACAUUGCUCUUUUCAUAUCAUAAACUCCUUUGAGGAUGGAGAUGAGGUUGUCAUAAGAGGUUGUCGUGCAAAUGGAGCGGUUUUUCCUGGUCCAGAUCUUGGUAUCAACAUACAUGAAUGGUAUUCUAGAGCAUUUUCACCUAUCAGAAAAGAUGCAGAAGGAUUUGAUCCUUCAAUCGACAGUAUAUUACUGACACGUGCUUAUGAAUGGAGAUUAAACAUGAAAAAUGGUUCAGUAACAGAGGGAUAUCUUACCUCACCUGAAGUCUCCAUGGAUUUUCCAGUGAUCAAUGACAAUUUUGUGUGUACAAAGAAUAAGUAUGCAUACACCCAAGUUGUGGACUCGGCAGAAAGUUCUAAAAUCGGUCUUGCAAAAUAUAAUAUGUUCGCAAAGUUACAUUUUGAAGAAUUGGGGGCUAGCCAUCUUCAGAAAGGUGGGAAGAAAAGAAUAAAAGUUGAAUAUCACAGGCUUGAGAAGAAUGAAUUCUGCGAUGGAGUUGUAUUUGUUGCAAGACCAGGAAGCACAGAGGAAGAUGAUGGUUGGAUACUUUGUUUCAUUCACAAUGAGAACACUAAUACUUCCCAUGUACAUAUGAUCGAUGCUAAAAAAUUUGAAGGAGCACCUGUUGCCAAAAUAAAAAUACCACAUAGAGUGCCUUACGGUUUUCAUGGCUCUUUCCUCAAAGAACCAAGAGCAUCUAGUCAAAUGCCAUGCCUCCUCUAAAGAACCGAGCCAACUCUUUUAUUUUCUCUUAUUUCUUUUUUUUUUUCUUGUUUUAGGGGUAGUUCAGCUUUGGAUGUAUUAUGAUGUU